AGUUGGCCACCGACAGUCAGGAGGAGCAGACGUGCCGCGCUCACCUCCGUUUCAGUCCAAGACCAGGUAGCAACGAAGUCGUCCAUAAAAGAAAGUUUGUGAAAUAUUCCAAUCGCAAGACUUAAUGGAGUGAGUGACUUAAUAGAGAACACUUAUGAUGAUAAUCCAGCUGUGGCGUGUUAGUGAAGGAUAUUACAAACUUGUGUGUACAAGUAAGCUAUGAACAUAGAUAUGACAAGACUGGAAGCACAAGUGGGCGGUCUCCAGGCAGCGAGAGACAUUGUGGACGACAACAAUAACGACAGGGAAGACAUGGAAUCACCAAACAGCAAAACUCCGGGAGGCUGCAGUGGGAAGUAUUUACUACGUCCUCGAUCAGUCCGCGCCCGUCACGGCUGCGACAACGACUGGACUCUGCCGGACACCAGGCGGCAAAAGUCGCGUCCGGCGCCACUUUCCAAGUACCGCAGGAAGACGGCCAAUACUAGAGAGAGAUCGCGUAUGCGACAGAUCAACACGGCCUUCGAUAAGCUUCGGAAAAUGCUUCCAAGUUGGGAUCGCGGCCGUGCUAGCAGCUCGGAGAUGACGAAGAUCACCACGCUUAAACACGCGUGCGCCUACAUCAGGUCUCUCCAAGACAUCCUUGACAGCACCGUCAGCCAACACAUUCGCGAGGGAAGUGCACCGGAGGACACCUGUCCUUGGGUCCUCUCCAGUCUCCUGGAAGAUGCCUCAAGGCUUCAGGAGUCCCAAGUGGACCCCUACCAUAGAUCAUCCACCAGGACCCCGACUAUGGACGUUGACGCUAUUUCCGAGACAGACUUUAUGUCUCUGCUGUGUGAUUCUUCAGAUUCGGGAGUGUUUGAGGAUAAUUUGGAUUCCUUCUCGUACCUGUCUCCCAUGUGUGAAUCUGACGAAGUUGCCUUGUUGCUCCUAGGGGCAGAGCCUCCUACUUACUGGCAAGAUCAAUCCCACACUCAAUUCGCCGUCUGCUGAUAAUGGUUAGAAAAUACUACAUGACAGUGUUGAAAAAAAAAUUGAAAACGAAGGCUGCAUAUAUUGUAACUCAUACACUAAUGGUACGUUAUCUUGCGUAUUAUGCGCCCGAACCGGUGCCUCGCUCCAUAGACGUAGUUUGUGAUUUGACUCCAAGAGACAGUUAAUACAAAAAUAUGACUCGCCCUUGUCGUCUUGGGUCGUUUGAUGCGAGUGCCAGUGUGUAAGUGUGUGUGCUUACUGAAGUGUAAGUGUAAGUGUGAUUUCAUAGCACGGAUAAAAUGAGAUCAAUUGCGUGUGGCCACGGAGAUACGAGAGAACCAUUGCUCUUUGAUCUUCUGGGAUAUAGCACAAAAUAUUCACGUUCCGGUAGAAAUAUAUUGCAUGCCAGAAAUUCCCUGCCGUUAUCAGAGGUUUUUGACCCCCGUUAUCCGCUUCCCUGUGUGUCCAGACCUUUUACUUUAAUACCGAGAUAAGCUUUUAACCCGAUAAUAUUGACCACGAGCCUCUGUUCCUUCAUGGCUAGGAAUGACGCUCGAUUACAAGAAUAAUCCCAAAAGGAGGCAGUAACACAUGCAAUGAGAAUGAUAAACUAGUAAUUAGUUUUUUCUGGUGAAAGAAACAAUAUCUUCUCAGUAAGAAAAUACUGAUUCGAAUUCUCGGAUAAAAUUUCGUAUCUCCUGUAGGACCACUGGUGCCUGGCUCCGGAUAGGGAAGGCUGGAGGGGUAAGGAGGGUUGUGAGAGAUAGCAGCAUGUGCUAUCAUAUCCAUGGAUCGUGUGAUGAUGAUGCCGUUCGUGUGGCUGUCAGUAACGAAAGCGUUGGUAGAUACCGCUGAUAUCUUUCUCACAUUUGAGAUUGUCUAUGCUGGUGUAGUGAACGUGGUGUGAGAUAUCACACACCAGGUAUGAGACAUAUCAUGUACGUGGAACGCCAGAGGCUGUAGCUAGUAUGGCUAUCACGUCCAGAGGUCGUGAGUGUCGUCGGCUGCGCUACAUAUUCUAGUCAAAGCGAUUGUGCCAUAACACGAACUCGUGUCAGAGUGCCAAUUGACACCCUGGUGUUGUGUCAUACAAGUGUAGAUUAGCGAUAGUUACUACUUACUCGGGGUUAGUGUACUGGUAACAUCAUUAUGAGGACUCUUUCUAUUGUGUAUAUAUAUAUAUAUAUAUAUAAUUGGAUAAUGUUCCUCAUUACCAUUUCUUUUUUACAUAUAACAUGUUAUUAACAGUAAAAUUUAUUUAUACAGAUACUUUUGUGUUAUCUCGUUAUGGAUAACGCACAAGAGAACUAUCUUUUUAAACACAUGUUAUGUUGUUAUUAUAACUUUUUCGAUUAGAAGUUUGUAAUAAGGCAAUUUAAAACUUAUCGAUUUUGUCUUUCUCAAUUGUGUUAUUAAUGUCCUUGAGGGCAUGGAGCGUGUAUCGCUUUCCUUGAAUGAAUUUUGAUAUAAUAGUCUAUUCUUGUAGCCUUGUUCUUCCUGCCAUUAAAAAGUAUAACUACUGAUA